AUGCCAGAUGAAAGCCCUCCCAAAAGAAGCUCGCUUCCACCAACAACAUCAUCACCGCAUCGACUCUAUCAUCUCGACAAUCUCCGCACUUCACUCACCGGCCUAGUGAUUCUCCAUCACGUCUCCGUCCCCUACGGUGGUCUCGGAUUAUGGCCAUAUCAAUCUCGCUUUCACAAUACUGGCUCAUCUCCAAGUCUCGUCGUAUUCAACGCCGUCAAUCAGAGCUUCUUCAUGGGAUCCUUCUUUUUCCUGUCUGGGAUCAUGUCUUCGACUUCUCUCCGUCGGCGUUGGACGGAGGAGUUUUUGAGGACUAAGUGGAUGAAGCUUGGGAUUCCUGUUGUGGUGAGUAGUUUGCUAGGUCCGCCUUUUCAGACUGCUAUACAGAGGCUGUUUGAGGGGAAGGUCGUGGGUUGGGAUAUUCUUGUCACACACCUGAAGGGUUUGACUGGGGUGAAGGGUUCGGUCUGGUAUCCUGCUGUCUUGAUGGUCUUUGAUACUUUGUAUACGAUUAUGCCGAAAGUCCCACGCCUGUCAUUCGGUCCUGCGAUGUCACUGAACAUCCUCGCUGCCUUUCUCUUGCGACUUAAGUAUCCCACCGGGACGACUCUCGCUCCGCUGAAUGUGCAGCCAGGAUAUCUGCCACAGUAUAUCAUCUCGUAUCUGUUGGGAACGAUCACACCUAUACCAACUGGAGAUACACCGUCAUUGCUCACUCGCCGACAGAUGAAGACUCUACUUGGUGCUUCAAUCGCAUCAGGAGUAUCGAUGUUGGUUUUAGUUCGUUCCUAUCCACUUUCGUCAAUGAAUGGCGGGUGGAACUGGCUUGCAUUGGCAUAUGCUAUGUGGAAUGAAACGACGGGAGCCGUGAUAGCGAGCGUGGUGCUGGAUACUUUCAGGAAGAGUUCUUGGGCCACGAAGAAAUGGAGCAACAUCGGCGAAUAUUCAUAUGCGGCGUUCUUGGUCCAUCAGCCAGUCUGUAUAACGAUUCAGUAUGCUUUGGAUGGGUGGGAAGCGGGUGGCGUCGUGAAAACGAUUGUGGUUGGAGGAGUUGGAGUUGUAGGAAGCUGGCUUGCUGGGUGGGGACUGACAUUAAUCCCGGGAUUUCGAAAAAUAAUUGUGUAG